CCCGGGAUCUGCCGCUUAAACAGCCUCGCGCGGUACCCCCGGGAGCAGCCCCCCCCUCCCCCCUCGAUCGCCCCCCAUUUCCACAUCGCCAUGGGGGACCCACGGUGCCUGCAGGCCGACUGCGCCUUCCGCCACGGGGCUCACACCGUCCGCCUGACCCUCGCGCGCUCCGCGCUGGCGGUGGAGGUCGAGGCCCACCUCACCGGCCACCGCUGGCGGGGGCAGUUUGAUGCCGCCUUCAUCGAGGACCUGACCCACAAAACAGGGAAUUUCAAGCAGUUUGGGAUUUUCUGCAGCAUGUUGGAGUCGGCGCUGACGCAGAGCAGUGAAUCCGUCAGCCUGGAGCUCCUCACCUACGCCGACCUGGAGACACUGCGCAGCCGGAAGAUGGGGGCCAGCGCCCGGCCCCCCCUUUCGGCCGCUUCCCCCCUCAGCGCCAAGCGCUACCUCAUCCUCGUCUACUCCGUCGAGUUCGACAGGAUCCACUACCCACUGCCGCUGCCCUACGCGGGGGGGCCGGAUCCUGCCGCACUGCUGCGGGCGCUGAGGGAGGAGCUGGCGCAGCUCCGCACUCGUCGUGGGGAAGAUCGCCGUGACGCCGAGAUCCGCUGCUUGCGGGACGAGCUGGAGGAGAAGCGAGUGGCCGAGGCGGCGUUGCAGCGAGCGGCGCGGCGUUUGGAGGAGGAACUAUCGCGGGAGAAAGCCCGGCACCGGCAACUGGCGGCUGAGCUGGCGGAGGUGAAGGUGUCGGAGCAGAGGCUGCAGCUGCGGGUGAAGAGCUUGACGGCCGAGCUGGCUUCCUGCAAGAAGGGGCGCCGGAUGCCCACCAGCACAGUCCCUCGCCCCCAAGGGCGACGCUCAGCGUCCCGGGAAAGUCAUGGGGGCAGCCAGGGCCAUCCCCCGCUGCGGUCCCCGUCCCCCGCAGGUCCUCGCCCACCCCGCUUCGACCCCACCGCCUUCGUCAGGGCACGGCAGUGCCGGCAGAAGGAAACCGAGCUCAAAAACCAGCGGCGCAGGGCGGCUUUCGGCAGCGCCAGCCCGGCAAGGAGCCGCGGGCGCAGCUCCUCAGCUGAAAGCUUCCGGAGUUGGCGCUCGGCCGUGAGCUCCGGCAGCGAAGCUGAUGAACGCUGCGAGCCCAAGCCCCCCAGAGGCAGGAGGGUGACGUGCACCCGGAGACCCCUGAGCGCCUCAUCCUGCAAUGGCUCCGGCGCAGCCCGUCGCCCAGCCGUUGGCCACAAGCUGCCUGUGGGCAGUGCUGCCAGCAAGCACCCUGGUAAAGAGAACUGCUACGAGGAGCCCUCGGCUGAGCUGGCUGAGAUUGAUGCCCGGCUGCAAGCGCUGCAGGAGUACAUGGACAGCCUGGACACCCGCACGUGACCCACCCCCCCCGCCCAGGGGACCCCCCCCACCUCCCUCUGUCCCCAAGGGGGUGACAGCACUGACGUGGGGUCAGUGUCCCCCCAAUUAAACCCCAGUGUGGCCCUCC